AUGACGCCCGGUCGCCACGAGAAACAAGCCUUGCUCGCACCGCGAGAAAUUGACAGUAGCAAUGCCGUCAACGGCAAGCACAGCCGCCGCACACGCGCCCAGCGCGGCGCGAUACGCGUCAUCCUCCAGGUCCUGUUGCCAUGUUUCUUCCUGUGCGCCGUCGCCCUGUACUGCGCAUUCAACCUACUAGGCGACGACAACGACGAUGAAGAUCCCACUUCACAAACCUCGCUCGAAACAUGCGCCUGGGCGACUCUGCAAUCCAGCAUCCCGCUCCUCUCCGUCGCGCCGAUCGAGCGCGCCGAGUUCCUCGCCCGCCAGCACCGGCUAGCAAGCGCCCUAGCCGAAGCCGGCGUCGACGCCUUCGUCGCGGAGCCGUCGGCCUCGUCGGCGUACUACGCCAACAUCUCGGCUUCGUUCGAGCUGUCGGAGCGGCCGUUCCUGAUGCUCGUCGGCGCGGACGGCGGGUUCGCGUACCUGGUGCCCCAGUUCGAGACCGGACGCAUCGCCGGUCUGGACAUGGUGUUCGACGGCGCGAAGGUGAUCGCGUGGGCCGAGGAGGAGUCGCCGUACGACGCUCUGGCGCGCGAGACGAAGUUCACCAAGGUCAUGGUCGACGAGCACGCGCGGUACAUGAUCGCGGCCGGCCUGCAGGCCGCCGGCGUCGCCGUCGUGCCCAUGUCCGAGACGGUACAGGCGCUGCGCGCCGUCAAGACCGGGGCCGAGAUCGCGAUCCUCAAGGGCAUCAACGCGUUCACACUCAAUUUAAUCCGCUCGCUGCAGAAGUGCAUCGUCUUGGGCGUGACGCAGGAGACCGUGCUGAGCUCCGCGCAGGCCCUGUUCUCGCGCGCCGGAGUGGGCGAGGGGUUCUGGGCCAUCGUACUGUUUGGGGAUCAGGCUUCCGCUCCCCAUGGUGGGAAAUACGGGAAGACUCUGCGCGAUGGCGAGUUCGUGCUCAUUGAUAUUGGGUCCAGCCUCCACGGCUACGGCAGUGAUGUUACGAGGACCAUUCUGCCGUCCGGGGCCAAAGUCAGCAGUCAUCUCACAGGCAUCUGGGAAACGGUGAAGUUGGCCCAGUCGGCCGGGUUUGAUCGUAUGUGGCCGAAUGAGACGUGUUCUGAGGUCGAUGCUGCGUCGAGAGACGUCGUUGCCAAAGCGGGCUAUGGGCCGUAUUAUCCGCAUCGGCUGGGCCACGGUCUCGGAUUGGAGAUGCACGAGCACCCCUACCUGAAUGGUGCGAAUAGCGAGAAGCUGAAGGUCGGCGAAGUCGCCACCAAUGAGCCGGGUAUUUACGUGACUACGGAGCAGGCAGGGGAGGUAGGGAAGACGACAGGCUUUGGCGUGCGGCUCGAGGACCCGAUCCUCGUUACAGAGAAGGGCGGCGUUCCUUUGACAGGUCGUAGAGCCUUGUCGCCCUAUGAUCCAUGA